GCCGCGCACGCCGGCCAGUCAAUCAGCGGCGGAGCUGAGGAGGGCACAGCCGCGCUGCCCAGGGCAGAGUGAGCCGAGCCGAGCCGGGAGAGCGGACCGGCGCCGGGCAGCCCGAGCAGCGCGCAGCGAGCGCCCGCCGCCGCCCACGCCCUCCGCGGCCCCCGCGGCGCCUGCCACCUUCUCCUCCUUCCCCGCGCCCCUGUCCCGCCGCCGGCCAGCGCAACCCCGUCCGCCGCCCCGCGGAGCCCGGAGCCCACCGGCCCGCGCCUCCUCUCCUCCACGCCCUCCGCCUCCUCCUCCUCCCCCGGCCGGGCGCCUGGCACCGGGGACCGUUGCCUGACGCGCGAGGCCCAGCUCCACUUUUCGCCCCGCGUCUCCUCCCCCCGCCGCUCUCCUCCAACUCCCUCGCCCUCUCGCUCCACUCGCGAGCCCCCGGCCCCGCGCCCGCCACUCUCCCCCGGUCCCAGAGGUGGGAGCGCUUCGGCCCCGGCCCGCGCCAUGGCCCGGUUCGGCUUGCCCGCGCUUCUCUGCACCCUGGCCGUGCUCUGCGCCGCGCCGCUGGCUGCCGAGCCCAAGCCGAAAAGUUGCUCGGAAGUGCGACGGCUCUACGUGUCCAAAGGCUUCAACAAGAACGAUGCCCCCACGCACGAGAUCAACGGUGAUCAUUUGAAGAUCUGUCCUCAGGGUUAUACCUGCUGCUCUCAGGAGAUGGAGGAGAAAUACAGCCUGCAAAGUAAAGAUGAUUUCAAAAGUGUGGUCAGCGAACAGUGCGAUCGUUUGCAAGCCAUCUUUGCUUCCCGUUACAAGAAGUUUGAUGAAUUCUUCAAAGAACUGCUGGAAAAUGCAGAGAAAUCCCUCAAUGACAUGUUCGUGAAGACAUAUGGCCGCUUAUACAUGCAGAAUUCCGAGCUAUUUCAAGAUCUCUUCGGAGAGCUGAAGCGCUACUAUGUGGCGGGAAGCGUCAACCUGGAAGAGAUGCUAAGUGACUUCUGGGCUCGCCUUCUGGAGCGGAUGUUCCGCCUGGUGAACUCCCAGUACCACUUUACAGACGAGUACCUGGAAUGUGUGAGCAAGUACACGGAGCAGCUGAAGCCCUUUGGAGAUGUCCCUCGGAAGCUGAAGCUGCAGGUCACCCGCGCGUUUGUAGCAGCCCGUACUUUUGCUCAGGGCUUGGCAGUUGCGAGGGACGUAGUGAGCAAAGUGUCCGUGGUGAACCCCACUGCCCAGUGUACCCACGCCUUGUUGAGGAUGGUCUACUGCUCCCACUGCCAGGGGCUCGUGACCGUGAAGCCAUGUUACAACUACUGCUCAAACAUUAUGAGAGGCUGUUUGGCCCACCAAGGGGAUCUGGAUUUUGAGUGGAACAAUUUCAUAGACGCGAUGCUGAUGGUGGCGGAGAGGCUCGAGGGCCCUUUCAACAUCGAAUCGGUCAUGGACCCCAUCGAUGUGAAGAUUUCCGAUGCUAUUAUGAAUAUGCAAGAGAACAGUGUGCAAGUGUCCCAGAAGGUUUUCCAGGGAUGUGGACCUCCCAAGCCCCUCCCGGCCGGCCGGAUUUCCCGUUCCAUCUCUGAAGGUGCCUUCAGCGCUCGCUUCAGACCGUAUCACCCUGAGGAACGCCCAACCACAGCAGCCGGCACUAGUUUGGACCGCCUGGUUACCGAUGUCAAGGAGAAGCUGAAAGAGGCCAAAAAGUUCUGGUCCUCUCUGCCCAGCACCGUUUGCAAUGACGAGAGGAUGGCCGCUGGGAAUGGCAACGAGGAUGGCUGCUGGAACGGGAGAGGCAAGAGCAGAUACCUGUUCGCAGUGACGGGGAACGGGUUAGCCAACCAGGGCAAUAACCCAGAGGUCCAGGUCGACACCAGCAAAACGGACAUGUUGAUCCUUCGUCAGAUCAUGGCCCUUCGGGUCAUGACCAGCAAAAUGAAGAACGCGUACAACGGGAAUGACGUGGACUUCUUUGAUAUCAGCGAUGAGAGCAGCGGAGAGGGAAGCGGCAGUGGUUGUGAGUAUCAGCAGUGCCCUUCGGAGUUGGAGUACAACGCGACUGACCACUCGGGGAAGAGCGCCAGUGAUAAAACCGGCGGCACCGGCACCCGCGUUGGGGCACAGCCCUACCUCCUCGCUGUCUCCUGCAUCUUGUUCCUGGUUAUGCAGAGAGAGUGGAGAUAAUUCUUGAUUGUCGAGAAAAAGUUUCCGUCAAAAAGUUAAGGAGGCAACCGGUUAUCACUUUUAUACCAUCCUAGUGACUUUGCUUUUUAAAUGAAUGGACAACGAUGUACAGUUUUUACUAUGUGGCCACUGGUUUCAAAAAGGCUGACUUUGUGUUUUCAUUCAGUUUUGCGGGGAAAAGGGACUUGGAUGUCAAGUCACUUCCUGCUCCCCUGGAAUUCUGUUAAACGUGGCUAACAGUGUAGGUACAGAACUGUAGUUAGUUGUGCAUUUGUGAUUUUAUCACUCUUGUUUGUUUGUUGUUGUUUUUUUUUUCUUUUUGUUUGUGGGUUUUUUUUUUUGUUUUCCUUCAAUUAUGAUCUCACCUUGUUUCUUACAAGAAAACCAGGGUCCUUUCUUGGCAUGUAACAUGUACGUAUUUCUGAAAUAUUAAAUAGCUGUACAUGUUAUCUUAUUAAAAGGAAAAGCCCAACAAGCAGUGAAAUUUCCAUUUAUCCCUGUUGUUUUAGUUGCCUUAUCUGGAGACGAGUGGAUGUGAUUUUGUUUUUUACUAAGUUAGGGCAGAUCGCGAAGGCCGUACAGGGGGCUUCUGAAACACUCGUUCGCUGUGUUCGAGUAUCAGUGCAAGAAGAAGGCUAUGCCUCGUUUAUGGCCAGGGACCGGAAGAGACUGCAGACUAUCCCCAUCUUGGUUGAAUUGAGUUACACAAACUAAGAUCACAGAUCGGUCCUUUCCUUAAACCCGUUUAUACUUAAAGUGUAGCCCAUUUAGAAGAAGAUUUCUUUUGAAUACACUCUCCCUGGAAAUAUAGAAGGCAUUCAGGAUGUCCCAGUUACCACAUGUUCACACUUAGCUCGGGGGUGGGUUUUUGUCUUUUUGUGUUUUAUCCAGGCGAGUUUAGCAAGCCGCUGUAUGCUGGUCUUCACGUCCACGCCGACCUGCUUUGAAUUGGUACCCCGAUGGCCGAAAUAAGUGACCGAUAAGCUCAUUUGGUCCCCCCUGUUAUGGUGUACCGGAUCUCAAACCCAGCCAUAUAGUGGAGGGAGCUGUCUGGGGGCUAGUCAGAACCAGGGUACAGCCUGGGCUCACGGGAUAGCUGUCAACAUUCAAAAAGUCUGUGUCUGUGCAUUUGCAUUUGGUUUUGGAUUCCAGUUUGUGUAAAAAAGAUUUCUAAGGUGUCCUGCUUGAGUCUUCUUGCCCAGGCCUCUCUGAUGAAAAAGACAAAGGACUGGCAGUGGUUCACGGCGCUGUGCCACCCUAACGGCCAAGACGUCCACCGGGGGCGGGGGGACGGGUGAUCUGCGUGUCCGGAAUCUUUUCACGUGAUGUUGUUUUUGGAGGGGGAUGGGAGAGAGGAGAUAGAUCUGAGAAGACGGUAUCUUAGCGGUGACCCUUAGGAACCCGUUGCUUGUAUCCUCACAAACGACGGCUCAUAAAACUAUGAGAAUGUAACAAAUCACUUUAAGAAGGAGUUCCCGAAAGUCUUCAGAAAGAAAAUUCUGCACGUCUCUUCCUGCUCUAGACAGCCAUUAAGAUCCCAACCGAUUCCACAGAAGCUAAAACCCACAGAGAGGUGGUUUGUGUUCUUGUUCAAUCUUCAGUUGUAAGAGUAAUUCUCUAUUUUUAUAUUGAAACAUAAUUACUUGAUAGCUCAGGGUCUACAUUUCAUUCAACUUUUUACACCAAAUUCUGCAGAAUGGUCAAAUGGAAUAUUGGGGGCUGUUGUAAACAGAGGCUUAAUUUUAUUAGAAGUAGCCAGUUAUUUAUUAAAGCAUGAUGUUAAUAAAAUAGGCAUAUUCUGGCUGGUGUGUAUAAGUGUUUUUUUUUUUAAACAAAUCACAGAAGACAAAAUUGAAAAGGUGCUCCAUUUAUGUAUGAGGAAAAUGGAUUGUAAAUAGCUCAGCCGCCUUGUGAGAACUUGGAAAGUGUGCUGAUACUUAGUAACUACCUCAGUUGUGAGGAAUUUCCUUUUUAGCUUAGACUGCUAUUACUUUUACUUGGUAGAAAUGAAUCUGGUCUCCAAACUGUGGCUCAAAGAGUUAUCCCCGUAGACCUUGUUAGAUUGUUUUUAAUUUAAAACCUUGAACUCUGCCCAGCUGUUUUCUUUCAGUCAAGUUCUCUACACCAAUAACAUUUUCCGAAUUAAAUAUUCUUGAAGGUUCUUCUGGACUCUGACGGAUUUGUUUUCUUUCUUUGCAUUUUUCCCUGUUACCCUUUUAUUAUUUAAAUUGUCUCUUGCUUUUGAACUUGAACUAUGGAAUAAACAAAUCAUAGAUUUUUCCAUUCAGAUCUGACUGGAUAACUCUUGGCUUCUAACCAGCUG